AUGUACUUGUGCUUAAAUUUACUAGGAAUUGCUGCCCUGGAUAGUAAAGCAUCAGGGAAGAUGGGAGUCCGAGCAGUAGUCUACUACAUGAGUACUACGAUCAUUGCUGUACUGAUUGGCAUAGUCAUUGUGGUCAUCAUCCACCCUGGGAAAGGUACUAAAGAAAACAUGCACAGAGAAGGCAAAAUUGUGCAAGUGACAGCAGCAGAUGCCUUUCUUGACUUAAUCAGAAAUAUGUUCCCUCCAAAUCUGGUGGAAGCUUGCUUUAAACAGUUCAAAACUAACUAUGAAAAGAGAAUGUUUAAAGUAGAUAUUGCAUCCAAUGACACAUCCACAGUGGCUUCCAUAAUAAGCAAUGUGUCAGAAGCAAUGGAAACCCUCACCCGAAUGAAAGAGGAACUAGUUCCUGUUCCAGGUUCUGUAAAUGGAGUGAAUGCCCUUGGCUUGGUGGUUUUCUCAAUAAGCUUUGGCCUGGUGAUUGGAAGCAUGAAGGAGCAAGGUCGGGCAUUAAAAGACUUCUUUGAUAGCCUUAAUGAGGCUAUCAUGAGAUUAGUAGCGCUAAUCAUGUGGUAUGCUCCACUUGGAAUCCUCUUCUUGAUUGCUGGAAAAAUUGUUGAGAUGGAAGAUAUGGGUGUGAUUGGUGGCCAGCUUGCCAUGUAUACUGUAACAGUUAUCAUUGGUUUGCUCAUUCACGCUGUCAUAGUCCUACCUCUUCUCUACUUCCUGAUCACUCGUAAGAACCCUUGGGUAUUUAUUGGAGGCUUAAUCCAGGCAUUGGUCACAGCUUUGGGAACAUCUUCCAGUUCUGCAACACUACCUGUUACAUUUAAGUGUCUGGAAGAAAUAAAUGGUGUGGACAAACGAGUUACACGAUUUGUGCUCCCAGUUGGUGCUACAAUUAAUAUGGAUGGAACUGCUUUAUAUGAGGCUUUGGCUGCAAUUUUCAUUGCACAGGUUAACAACUUUGAGCUGAACUUUGGGCAGAUUAUCACAAUCAGCAUCACAGCUACUGCUGCCAGUAUUGGGGCUGCAGGCAUUCCUCAAGCUGGACUGGUCACCAUGGUCAUUGUGCUUACAUCAGUAGGUUUGCCUACAGAUGAUAUCACUCUUAUCAUUGCAGUGGACUGGUUCCUGGAUCGUCUCCGUACCACUACCAAUGUCUUGGGAGACUCCAUUGGAGCGGGAAUUGUUGAACAUUUGUCACGGCAUGAGCUGAAGAACAAGGAUGCAGAAAUGGGUAACUCUGUGAUAGAGGAGAAUGAAAUGAAGAAACCAUACCAACUGAUCUCACAAGAAAAUGAGAGCGAGAAACCUUUAGAUAGUGAAACCAAGAUGUAGGGUAAAGAAAGCCUGAGUCCAAUGUUACAAGUGUGGAAAACAAACACUUUUCCCAGCCAUUUGUAUUUUGAAUUGCCCAAGUUCAUUUAGUGCUUGAUUUCUCCCUUUCUGCCAGCACUGGAAAGAAUUAAUGAAAAUAUAUUCUAAACUAGCAGUGAUCAUGGUAUAUGUUGGCUUCUCACUUAAAAAAAAAUUAAGAGGCAACAACAAUGGUCCUGCUCGACAAGCCAAGGAUAAAAAAGAGGGAUUGUCAAUUAAAUAAAAACAAAAAUC